AUGGAGAACCCAGGCUUUGUAAUGCACGAAGAUGGACUCUCAAAUACGGCACCUUCUAAAAUUCCGCAGAAGAAUGGUCAUCUUUAUCCAUGUGAAGAGAAUAAGAGAUCCUAUUGCUCCCUGAUGAAGCUCUUCCUAGUUUGCUUAUUGGCGUGCCUGAUAACCACCACAGUGGGAGUGUUGAUAUUAUCUCUGGUUUAUGUGGGACACUUUAGCCCCAAAACUGACACAGCAGCUUCUACCACAGCGAAUCAGCCUUCACAGAACAACGCUGACAGUCGGUUUAAUUUUCUGAAUAACCUUGGUCAAUCGAAGGUUUUUACAUUCCAAGGGGGCUCCAUCCAAUGGGCACGAUUUAGAAACAACCCCAGUGAUUACUCUAGUCCGGCCGAACUGAAGUUUGGCACUAGUAUCAACAAGCACCAAUCCAUGAUGACUUUGGGCACCAUACGGAUCUUCAGCCAAGGAAUGAAAGUCCCACACUGGCAUCUUAACGCCAACGAACACGGGUUUCUGCUCAAGGGUAAAGCAUGGAUUGGCAUUGUAGAAGCUGGGGGCAGUACGGUAACUACAUUCAACAUUACUGCCGGGCAGGUCGUUUUCUUUCCUAAAAACACGCUGCACUGGGUGAAGAACGUGGGCGAUGAAGACUGUCUUUUCAUCUCCUUCUUCACUACUAACGAUGAACUGAAAACCCUUGAUGUAGACGAUGCAUUUUUUGGGACCCCAGAAGAUAUUCUUUCAAGGGCAUUGAAGCCUGAAGGAGGGGUACAGUUUAUCAGAACUUUUAAGAAGCCAAUAGAAGAUCAAUCAAUAAACCUCCCUGCAAACCUAAAAGAUCUGGUUAACAACGCCAGCUAUGCGCAGUCGGCCAACUCUUCUGUCUGGAAGUACUUUUAUGAUCUGAAAGGUUCCAAAGAAUUUUCCUACCCCGGGGGGGUCAUGCAGUGGGCGCGCUAUCGCAAGAAUGGAGUUGGCUUAAAUGAGAAUGAACAAAUCUACAGCGACUCUUUAAACCAGCACGCCGACACGCUCACCCUUGGGACCUUACGCAUCUUCUCCAACGGCCUGCGGGUGCCACAUUAUCACUUCAAUGCGCAUGAGAUGGGCUACGUCAUCAGCGGAUGUGGUCAGAUUGGAAUUGUAGGGGACGAGCCUGUUUCUGAGUUUACGGUGGGCGUCGGUGAUGUGUUUUAUUUCCCGAUUGGGGCUCAGCAUUACAUCAAAAGCACAUGUGAAGAAGAAUUAUUGAUGAUUACGGCCGCCACCACUGGGAACCAGCUGGAAACCCUGGAUAUGGAUGAUUAUUUCCAUGCUACGGCUGAUCACAUCCUCGCCCAGCUUUUCCUAAAGAAACAAGAUGAAUUCAAGAAGAUCCCAGUAUUUACAGUAGACCAGUCUAUAAACAUUCCUUAAGCCCAGCUCAGGCCUAUCUUCCACAUACACAAUGCCCUCGCUAUAUGAGGGGGGCAUUCGCUGCUGAAUUGUGUAUCUGUACAAACACACACACACACAGAUUGUGAUGCAGGAUCUGAAACUUGAACUUUGCCUAAGGUGACCAGACCUUUUCAUUAUGCAAGAAGACUCUGAUGAACACAUGUGGGAUAUUGCUCAUAGCAAAGAGAUUACUUUUUAGAAUUGCCAGAUUCUGGUCAUUGUAAUGUUAAUAACACAGGUCAUGGAACAAUGCCAGUUUUCGAUGCUAGAGUUCUGAUCCAAUGAUGCCAUGUCUUAGCAUGACACUUUCUAGGCAUUUAUGUCAUUAUGUAGAAAAGACCAAUAGGUCCAGCUAGCCCACCCACCAUUGCUCGUCUCUGUGAAAAGACAAGAUGACUUUUUAUUCUAGUACCCGAAUACUCCCAAGCAUGGUACAAGCCGUUUACUCAGGAGCAAACUUAUUGUAACAGGACCACUUGUAGCACAGCUGUAGCACAAUGUUCAUGUCCUCGCAGAGCUCCAACCCUGAGCCCAGGCCUGGCUCAUCUCCAAGUCCUUAUCUGUGGCUGUCCACCUACCCCCAGGCCCCAUGGCCUACCCAGAUAAUCCCUUCUGGGUAGUCAGGGAAGGAGGGAUACUUUUAUAGUCUUGGACCUCCAACAGCCCAACCAACAGCUAGGUAACUUCUAGGCCUAUCCUUAAGUCCCCUAACCUGGGAAUCCUAACAGCCCAUUACAAACCGUGGGCGAGGGGAGGGGCCAUUCUCCUAGCACCAUAAAGCCCUGCUAUGCUACUCUUUAUGUUACUCUUAUUGGGCUCCAAGAGCUACUUUGAUGUGGACACCCAUCAAGCAAAUUCCAGUUGGUGGAUAAAUUGGACUGAUGUACAGUAGGUACACAUCCUCAGGCCAAGGCUGUCCUAAUUCAAUGGGAUUUUCCAUCCUGCUCAAUAAAUAUCUACCUGAUUACCAGUCAUUUGGCCCCAUAUACCGACCACAGAACUGUCAACGUGAUUAGUGGCUGAGAUACCAGGCAAUAUGGGCCAAUGUGUGUCCAGCUUAAAUGCUUUAAACCUCCCUUGACACAACCUCAGUGAGUGCCUUUUUGCCCCUCGCAGUUGUACAGAUUAGAUGUAAUGUGAUGUAACCAAGGGGAGGCUAUUGUGAAUUAUUUUUUUAUGCUAUUUAUAAAGCAUCUUUAAAGACUGUUAGUAAUUACAAUCAAUAAAAG